UUGUCCCCCUUAACAGUGCUCUUCAAAGAUGGCCGCUGCUGACUUGCCGUCAAGUCUCGAUCAAUUGGAAAUUUUCGAUUCAACAGGAUUGAAAGUUUCUGCCUCCUCCAUUCUUCCAAUGGGGGAUGAUAAAUAUUCUUUGGUGGUUUUUCUGCGCAACUUUGCAUGAGUGGCUUGCUUACUCAAAGUACAGGCCUGUCCUAUCUGUCGGAUGUUCUCUCCUCCACCAAAACUCGCCUGAUUUUCAUUGGAAGCUCAACACCAGAACAAAUGGCUGAAUACUUGCAGAGAAACUCCGGUCUUUUCUGUGGUGACCUUUUUACAGACCCUUCUGUUAGCCUGUACAAGUAUUUCCAACUCAAAAAGAGGUGUUUUCCGUUCGCUGGUGCGGCCUUUUACUGGCUUCAAAACCUAUGGUUGAAAGGUAUCGUGGAAGGUAUCCGCUUAGCAAAGGAAACAUCCCAUCUUGCUGGUGAUUCAUGGCAACAGGGAGGAACACUUCUUUUGGACAAGGAUAAAAAUGUUCUCUAUCAGCAUACUGAAGAGCAUCCAGCAGAUUGGCCUAGCAUGCAAGAGGUUCUCGAGCUGGUGGGGAUACAUAAUGCCAGAGUUGACUACAAAAAAGCACUUGAUGACUGGCUGAAAUUCAGAGAAGAGAGCCGCUCAAAGCGUUAGAAUUCCACCUUGAGCAAGGAGUCUGCUAAACUCUUGCAAGUUUCCCUCUUUCUUUUCCCAGUACUUGGACAGAAUGACUGUUUGGUAAGAAACUAGCUGCAGAGUAUGGUUACCAAGCAUGAGUGGAAAACAUUUUUCUUGUCCUGAGGAACUGAGCUGAGAAAGACGAGAAGACCCUCAGCAGGUGCUUGUGAGUUCAAGAAAGUGAGGCUGCUUAACUAACAGUGCAUUCCAUUAAAAUACAUGCCUUUUUGCAUCUGCUUGCCAGUUGUGCAUAUUCUUGGGUCUGCUUUCUAAUGUACUUAUCUUCACACACAUUGAUAUUUCACCAACAGUAUAAGGCAGCAUUAUUCAAUUGAGUCAUUCUUUUGUGCAGUUGUGUGUGUUUUUUAAUAAUGUAUAUAUCUUCAAUCACCUUAGCAUAUAUCGAGACAGAGCUGGCUUAUAGUGAGAUCACUGUACUGACAUUUUUGGUAAAUUCUUGGCUCGAAUUGUGUUGAACUAUAAUACAUCAAGUCUUUUUAAAGGCUAUUCUCUAUUGUACAAUGUGACAGUCUUUGCGUACAAUGAAGCAGGAAAAGACAGUAGCAUUAAGGUCAAAAAUAUAUAUAUAUAAUUUUUUUCAUACUAGACUUUAUUAACCUGUUUUAAAUAAACUUUUAGUCUUGUUGGUGUGGCUUGGAGGUACAAUCACCAGCACUUUGAUAAAUUAUGGACCACGCCUAAGAUCUGAACCUUAAGGUUAUUGUCAUUCGUUACUUGACUGGUCCCAGUUAUGUUGGUGCUACUGCUACCACUACUACUACUAGUUGUCAGAGGAACAGCUGGAUAAGCACAGCAGCUGACAAGGCUCAGCACUUUGGUCUUUCUCGAGGAUGGGUAGGUCCUGCAUUGAAUGACCAGUCUACCUCUUCACAUUUGCAAGCUAGCAGUUCAGACCAGUAUUGCUGGUACAAGUCGGGAGGGGACGGGGGGAAUUGGUGUUUUUAUGCUCGGUCAGAAAAUAAGGCUACAUCAGGGCAAGGCAGCCGGGCCUUUAAACAGAUGCUAUAUGCAGCGAAAGAACAGUAUGCCCAAGACAACCUCCACUGUACUGGUGACAGAUGCUAACCAUUGCACCACCUGGACUGCCCGAUCCAAGUCAAGGAAUGAAUGAAUAAAUAUGACUAAGUAACUUUGGGUCUGGUCCAUAAUUUUGAAAAACUAACCUUUAUAUGCUUCAUUUAUGGUCAAAAAAAUAAUGCAUUGUGAAAGUGUUUUCUUAUGCUGGAGGACAGUUACACGGGAUACUGACAGCAGUGUUUCAAAAUGCAUAUGUGCGUGUGUGUUCAUCACUUAAUUUGGUCCUCCCAUCAUGAAAAUCAUUUACUGCUGGCUCAUUAAGGGACUAGAUCACAGAAACAUGUCUGUGAAGAGGUGUGCGUGUGGAGUGGGAAGGAAGGUAGAAGGCUAACAAUGGUAACAAAGAUUGCUAGUUUACCUACAGAAUCCACAGAAAUAAACUCGAGAAGGUGGCUGGUGAAGCAAAUGUAUCUGAACCGUGGGGAUUGACAAAAGGGCCAGGUAAGGUCAAGUUUAGGUUUACUAAAAUUUCAUAUUAUCUCUCCUACAUGACUUCAUUGUUUUUGCACUAAAACAGUGCUUUGCUACAUAAUUUUUAUGAAUGAUAUUUUUGUAACAUUUGGUAAGCUUGUGCGUUUUUUUAUCAAUAUUUAUUACCUCUUCUCAAUUUUGUAUAAAUUUGGAAAAAAGACUUUCCUACUUGUUUUACCUCUGUUGUUGGGUUUUUAGGGGUUAUCAAUAUUUUGCAAUUCAUCUGAACGUCUUAUUGCAACUAUUACUUGAAUUUCCAGAAUAAAGACCUGUUAUCCAG